GUGGCCGGCCAGCUCCACUCCCACUUCCUGAGCCUGGCGCUGGAGCCCUGGAGGCCAGGCCAGCCCGGCCGCUCUGGCCCCCCGGGGCACUUCGGCCUGAGUCCUGUCCCAGCCCCGGGCUCCGGAGGCUGCUGUCACCACUGCCCCAAGAGCUAGGCCUCUCACCUUACCCCCAGGCCUCCACCCGGCUGGACUGGCGGCCAUGCGCCCGCUGUGGGCCUCCCCCGGCGGCCUGGCCUGGGGGCCACUCGUCCUAGGCCUCUGCGGUCUCCUGACAGCAUCCCAGCCCCGACUGGUGAGGGAGGGGCCACGCAGUUGCCCCCAUACCGCACGGAGAACCAAACCUGCCGGGACCAGGAAAAGGAAUACUACGAACCCAAGCAUCAGGCCUGCUGCUCCCGCUGCCCCCCAGGCACUCGAGUCUCUGCUGAAUGUAGCCGCGAUCAGGACACAGUUUGUGACACGUGCCCUGAAAACUCCUACAAUGAGCAUUGGAACCAUCUGUCCCACUGCCAGCUGUGCCGCCCCUGUGAUCAGAGUGAGUGAGGUGUGCCUGGGGAGGACCGGGAUCCCCUGGAGUGCAGCCCCUCCACCGAGCUGUCUUAUCUCCCCACAAGUCCUGGGCUUCCAGGAGACUGCACCUUGCACGAGCAAACAGAAAACCCAGUGCCACUGCCAGCCAGGAAUGUCCUGCGUCUAUGUGAACCAUGAGUGUAUGCACUGCGAGCCACCCCGCAACUGCCAACCAGGCACUGAAGUUGAGCUCAAAGGUGAGGCUGGGGAGGCUAAUCACCACUGUGUGCCCUGUAAGGCAGGGCACUUCCAGAAUACCUCCUCCCCCAACGCCCGCUGCCUGCCCCACACCAGGUGUGAGGACCAGGGCCUGGUAGAAGCAGUGCCAGGCACCACCGAGACUGACACCAGCUGCAGAAAUCCACCAGAAACCCCCGAGAUGCCAGGAACUAUGCUGGUGCUGGCCAUCCUGCUGCCCCUGGUCUCCCUGCUGUUCCUCUCCGCCAUCCUCGCCUGCACCUGGAAGAGCCACCCGUCUCUCUGCAGAAAGCUGGGAUCCCUGCUCAAGAGCCGUCCGGAGGGAGAGGAAUCCAAUAUUGCUGAUGGAAACUGGCAGCCUCCAAGCAUCAACCCACAUAUCCCUGACCUGGUAAAGCCACUUCUGCCCAUCCCUGGAGACUUGCCCCUGGCCUCAGCCAGGCCCCCAACACCCCCAGUUGUGGAACAAGAGGUGCUACAACAGCAGAGUCCUCUGAGCCAAGCCCGGGAGCUGGAGGCUGAGCUCCCAGAGCAAGGCCAGGUGGCCCAUGGUACCAAUGGCAUUGUUGUCGGCAAAGGCGGGUCUGUGACUGUCACUGGCAAUAUCUACAUCUACAAUGGACCCGUACUGGGGGGAGCACGAGGUCCUGGAGACCCCCCUGCGCCCCCGGAGCCUCCAUACCCCAUUCCUGAAGAGGGUGCCCCUGGUCCUCCCGGGCUCUCUACACCCUACCAGGAAGAUGGCAAAGCUUGGCACCUGGCCGAGACAGAGACACUGGGAUGCCAUGACCUCUAACGGGACAAAGGACCCAAUCUGUCACCCAUGCCUCAUGGUGUCUGGAAGAAGCCAGGAGAAGGGAGGCACAAGAGCACCUUCUCCCCGAGGCUUCCCUGCCCACACAGGAUUGACAGGGGGCCUGGGUAGGGCCCCUGAGAGGCAAGUCCUAAGGGCCCAGGCCUCAGACACCUCCGAGAGCAGGGCCGGGCACUGGCUGGGUACGGUGCCCGCCACAGGACUCUCACUACUGCCUGAACAGGCCUGAGACUUCAUUGCAGAUCCCCUGGACACUGGAGCUGCACCAGCUCAGCUUCAGGCAGACAGAGCAUAUGAUGCCUGCUGCUGCCCACCAUGGCGCUCUGCACCCAAAGCAUGGCAUAGAAGGAAGCCAGCCACAUGGUCACUUGCAAGGACGUCACGGAACCUCUGACAGAUUCGUGGCACUCAUCCCAAGCUUCAGAGGCCCCUUGAGGACCUGCACUUCGCAUGGACUGAGGUAGACCCUAUAUGAAUAUGGAGUUACAUGGACCAUCACCCCUCUCCUCUGGAGAAGAAAAGGAGUCAUUAAAAACUGGGGGUUUGGGUAGGGUUACCAGGUAAAAGGAAAGUUUCGGAGAGGAAGUAAAAUGGCAAGUGUAUUUAUAAAUUGUAACCACAUGCAAAUAAAGUGGAGAUUGAGACCUA